UCACAUGGGGGGGGGGGGGUGGUUCUCGUUAUAACGUUAUAAUUCUGGUAAUGAACACAUCAGCGUGAACCAAAACCAGAGCAGCCGUGUUUUUGCAUUAGUGAGUUAGCCGAAACAUCAGAGCCUUGAAUGAGAAGUGGGAGCUCAGGUGGUUCUUUGGCCACUUUCCAUAAUAUGUCUGCUGUUUUGUGUGAUAAGACCUUAAUGUCAUCAUGUUAUUGUUUAAAAGCUCAAGGAUGUCUGGUGCUGAGUACACAGAGUUCCUGAAGCAGACAGAGGAGAACCUAUAAGUGAACUUCGAUUUCAUAGUCCAGACCUAACAUCAUGCCUGGACCACUCAACUGUGUCUGUCUCUGCUGGAUUUCUGUGUCCUUCCUUCUACAUGGACCUCAAGCAUUUACCUCAAACCAGCAUCAGCUUCCAAAUGUGACAGUUGUUGAAGGUCAGGAGGACGCUGGCUGGGGUUCACCUUUCCUUCAGCUGAGAGCCAGUCUACCGUCCUUCUCACAGUCAAUGCGUCCAUAUGCUCUGCUGACAAACAUGGAGGAUUAUCACAGGAUGCCCAGACCCAGACAUCGCCGGCCUUCUCGCCUCCUGCGUCUCCUGGGAUCGUCUUUUGACCCAUUCUGGAUGUCGGUGGAGCAGCCACCUGACACCUCCGGGGGUCACGGUGGAGACACCCUGGAUGUCCAAAUACUCAACCACAGCAUAAUCAAAGAGAAGUCCAGCCUGAGAGAGGCUGCAGCAAACCAACACCAGAAGCUUGAGGUGGAAGCUGCAGCUCUGGACCUCGGUCCUCUGCCCCCAGACGUUGCCAGUUCCUUUCGAUCAUGGUUGGUGCGCUCUGCCACAUGCGAGUUGCACUACCAGUGGAAGGAUCUGGGCCCAGCUUUCUGGCCCCGCUGGUUGCGGCAGACUGACUGUGGUAGCUCAGACAGAAUGGGUAGUUGCUCUUUUCCCAGUGGGAUGGAGUGUGUGAGAGCAAAGACCGCACACGUAAAGAUUCUGGCUUGGCACUGCCUGGAAAUCCGAGAUGGUGGUGAUGGAUCUACAGAGAUGAAGAGUGAGCGGAACAAUGGCAGCACAGACGUGGAGGAGACAAGUGAGGCAGUGAAAAGUUGUUUAUGGAGCCAAGUGCCUUAUCCUGUGGUCACGGCAUGUAAAUGUUCAUGUAAAUGAGGCAGAUUUCAUAAUAUGAUGUAUGUCUUUCUGUCAUCAGUUAGUUAAACUUAGCAUUUCCGCUGGUCUGAGCAAACAUGUCCAGAUUUCAAUCCUCAUUUGCAGCUGUGUGUCUAUAUGUACAUAUCAUUUGAGUUGAUUUGAGCCACGAUGUCAGAGGUCCAGUACUUUCAUGUUUCUAGCUUUGAGCAGAAUAUAAUAAACAUAUUUUCUUUUAGCAACAUCACUUGAAAACCAACUGGUUGCGAAGUUAGGCGCAUAUGCAGAGAUGAAUUGCUCCGUGCCUCUACUCUACUAAUAUUUCAAGCUUUCUGUCGCAGACUUUCCCUAAAAUAAAUGUCUGAUGUAUGAACAACACUCGUAUCAAGUUGAUAAAUCUGUGGUUUUAGUGUGUUUCACUGUGUUGUAGGUUUGUCUGCUUAAGUCUAAAUUUGUUUUUCUGAGAAACCCCGCCCAACGCAAUAAUGUCAAACCAAAAUAAAAGCGAAAUAUUUGACCA